GCCUUCUAUUGGUUAUCGUAUGGAAUGUUCUAGAAGAUACGAGUAGCGCAGUAUAUAAGCAAUUUAUACAUCGAUCUCGUCCGAUUUGAUACUAAACCGUAGUAGCGUAAGUACGCUUGAGAAGUUUUUCUUCGAAUAUUUAUUUAAUUUAAUACAAGAUAAUGGCAAAAGCACCCGCAGUCGGUAUUGAUCUUGGUACUACCUACUCUUGUGUAGGAGUAUUUCAACAUGGAAAAGUGGAGAUCAUUGCUAAUGAUCAAGGGAACAGGACCACCCCAUCCUAUGUGGCCUUUACAGACACAGAACGUCUCAUCGGAGAUGCUGCCAAAAAUCAAGUUGCGAUGAACCCCAAUAAUACUAUAUUUGAUGCAAAACGUCUUAUUGGGCGUCGCUUUGAGGACACCACAGUUCAAGCCGAUAUGAAACAUUGGCCAUUCGAAGUCAUCAGCGAUGGUGGUAAACCCAAAAUUCAAAUAGUAUACAAAGGAGAAACGAAAUCAUUUUACCCAGAAGAAGUUAGUUCAAUGGUAUUAACAAAAAUGAAGGAAACUGCUGAAGCGUAUUUAGGAAAAAAUAUUACAAAUGCUGUAAUCACUGUACCUGCCUACUUCAACGAUUCGCAACGUCAAGCAACCAAAGAUGCUGGCACCAUUUCAGGAUUGCAUGUACUGCGUAUUAUCAACGAACCUACCGCAGCCGCCAUUGCUUACGGUUUAGACAAAAAAGGAGCGGGCGAAAGGAACGUCCUCAUCUUUGAUUUGGGCGGUGGUACCUUCGAUGUGUCGAUUCUUACAAUAGAAGAUGGUAUUUUUGAAGUCAAGUCUACUGCCGGUGACACUCACUUGGGAGGAGAAGAUUUCGACAAUCGUAUGGUGAAUCAUUUUGUACAGGAAUUCAAGCGGAAGUACAAAAAAGAUUUACCUCCAACAAACGUGCUGUACGUCGUCUCAGAACAUCUUGCGAAAGAGCAAAGCGAACCCUGUCGUCCUCCUCAAGCGAGCAUCGAAAUUGACUCUUUGUUUGAAGGUAUCGACUUCUACACAUCGAUCACCAGAGCUCGUUUUGAAGAGUUGAACGCAGAUCUGUUCCGUUCCACCAUGGAUCCUGUGGAAAAAUCUUUGCGCGAUGCCAAAAUGGACAAAGCGCAAAUUCACGACAUUGUCCUGGUAGGAGGCUCCACUCGUAUUCCUAAGGUACAAAAACUUCUUCAAGAUUUCUUCAACGGCAAGGAAUUAAACAAAUCUAUUAAUCCCGAUGAAGCUGUUGCCUACGGUGCCGCAGUUCAAGCUGCAAUUCUUCACGGUGAUAAAUCUGAAGAAGUUCAAGACCUGCUGCUUUUGGAUGUCACCCCACUUUCACUCGGUAUUGAAACCGCAGGAGGUGUGAUGACAGCUUUAAUCAAACGUAACACCACAAUUCCUACAAAACAAACCCAAACAUUUACCACUUAUUCCGAUAAUCAGCCUGGAGUCUUGAUUCAAGUUUAUGAAGGAGAACGUGCCAUGACCAAGGAUAACAACCUUCUUGGUAAAUUUGAACUUACUGGCAUUCCACCUGCGCCCCGUGGUGUUCCCCAAAUCGAAGUUACCUUCGACAUUGAUGCGAACGGUAUUUUGAAUGUAACUGCCGUCGAAAAGUCCACCAACAAAGAAAACAAAAUUACCAUUACCAACGACAAAGGCCGUCUUAGCAAAGAAGAUAUUGAACGUAUGGUUAACGAUGCGGAGAAGUACAGAUCUGAAGAUGAAAAACAAAGAAACACCAUCUCUGCAAAGAACGCACUUGAAUCUUAUUGCUUCAAUAUUAAGAGCACAAUUGAAGAUGAAAAACUUAAGGAUAAGAUCACUGAAAGCGAUAAAACCACUGUUAUGGAAAAAUGCAACGAGGUCAUUGCUUGGUUGGAUGCCAACCAGUUGGCCGAAAAAGAAGAGUACGAACACAAACAGAAGGAAUUGGAAGGCAUUUGCAAUCCGAUUAUUACAAAAUUGUACCAAGGCGCUGGCGGACCAGGAGGUAUGCCCGGAGGUAUGCCUGGCGGUUUCCCAGGUGCGGGUGGAGCUGCUCCCGGUGGUGGAGCUCCUGGAGCAGGUGGUGCUGGCCCAACAAUUGAAGAAGUCGAUUAAACACUUAUUUGCAUUCCUAAUAGUUUUUAUUCAGUAUUAUUAUUGUUGUUGUAGGAUAUUUGUAGCGUUCAGUUAAUGACAAUGCAAACUUUAAUAAAUCAGUCAGAAAUUA